AUGACUACGCUUGCUGCUGCGCCUAACGCUGCGGAUCCUAUGAUGAUGGAACCAUCCAACGAUAUGCAAAUGGAUGACAUGAGUAUUCAAAGUUUCUGCAAUGGAGAAGACGAUGAAGAAUGUGAAGAAAUUGUCGAUCUUCUCCUAAACCCGUUCGAUGAAGACGACGAUGCCAUUGGCGUGAACGUAUUCAUGGAUGAAAUUGAUAAGAAUGGAGUUGUCAUGAUGGACGAUAACCUCAUGACCGAUGCAUCAUCAUCGCUGCGUCAAGUUUCCGCAGGAUCUAAAUCCAACGCUACGGUCAAUUCCAACAUUGUUAUGCCCGAUGGCACGACCACGACCUCCAUGGGUAUCAGUGCCCAAGAGCAACAGCAACAACAAAAGGGACUGACCAACCGUUUCCCAGUUCAAUUGUAUCUUUCUUGCAAUCCCGACCAUCUCAAUGACUAUCAGGUCGAAAUUCGCAAAUUGAUUCAACUGUUCGAGGCAACCCCCGCCUACGUAGAAGGGCAGCGAGUCAAAGGCCGCAACCGUGCCAUUGUUUUGGGACAAGUGGGCGUCCAAUGUCGUUUUUGUGGACAUGUCUUUCCGCCCCAGAAUCGUGCCAAGGGGUCCACCUACUUUCCGCAAAAGUUGGCUGGCAUUUAUCAAGCCUGUCAGAUUUUGAGCACGACCCACUUGUUGGGGUCCUGUCCCAAUAUUAGCGUGGAAACAAAAACGCAGUUGCAAGAAAUGCAAAAGACGAGCAAGGCAUCGAGGACUGCUGGAAAGGACUACUGGGCUUCGACUGCCGAAGCUUUGGGAGUGUACGAAGAUGAGCAUGGACUCCGUUUUGAAUCUCGCAUACCGACCUACGAUGAUAUGAAGGCACGGGAACGUGCCAAGGGAAACGGGAAAGAUGAGAAUUUUAAGUAUUGA